UUUUGCUUAGCUUUGCUUAGCUUUGCUUCGGACAUCGAAUCCUCGGAACAACGAACUGCCUUGUCGUCUCUUGAUAAUGAACAAAGCAGAAAUCCAGUCCACCCUCUUCAGGAAAAGUACAAUAGAAAUGAAAGGAGACCCACUUCACGAUUCUCUUGCCAUAGCCUCUGCCGCCUCCUCCCUCAGGUUUUUGAAUGGUGGGUAUGAUGAUCAACGCUAACUGGAGGCCCACGCGGCCGGGUGGCGGAGGAGGCUGGGGUACCGGAGCUGCACUUGAUGGGGGCUGUUGGAGGGUUCAGUUGCCGCCUCGAUCACGGGAGAGGAUUGUCCACAAGAUCUCAAUUGCAUCAGUGUAGUUGUUGUAGUGGUUGAAGACCCAAAGGUUUUCCACAGGAAACUUUUUCUUGGCCUACCUUGAGGUGCAAUGCUUGAACUCCCACCCCGUACCACUUGUAAUAGGAGGUGAUGCUAUUAAUGCGUGUGGAUUAGGCAUCGCCAAAAUUUUUUAGUUACGAAGUGAUUUAGUGAUUUCCGCUUCCUUUCCCUUUUAGUCUGAUUAUUUAAGGAGGAUAUCUCUGAAGAUGUUGUUAAUGGAGACAGAGCAUCAGAGUACCAUACCUAAUGCUUUGCCAUUUAACUCUGCUGGGAAUAGCAGUGAGGACUCGGAAUCAGAUAUGCAUUUGUGAAGAACAAGUUUUUCAAAGAGUGGAAGCAAGCUUCAGUCUAACUAGAAAGGGCCAAACGCUUGCAUCUUUUCAGUCAAACGUGCACGAUUACUUUCUUCCAAUCAAGAUGAAACCCAAAACGCGGUGGAUUACAUCAGCCAAUUGCCUGAUGCCAUAAUCGUUCAUAUCUUCUCCUUCUUGACCACAAAAGACACUGUCAAAACCAGUGUCUUGUCCAAGCAAUGGCGUUCGACUUGGACCUCUAGUCAGUAUAUGAGUUUCUCUUUGCCCCCUGGUGGUAGUCGGAAAUCCAAGGGCUUCAUCGCUUUUGUCAACUCAGUGCAGUCACGCUACACCUCAGAUAAGUUGAAAAGAUUCCUCUUUGAUGCUCCUUGUCUCGCCUUGAUGCGGUCAAGUCUUGAUAGGUGGCUCCAGUUUGCAGUUGAGCAUGAUGUCGAAGAGUUAUCGGUAACCCUAAAUUAUCGGCGCCACAAAAUUUAUGCAUUGCCUCAAAUCUUAUUUUGCUGCAAAACUCUGGUGAGUUUGCACAUAUCCCGAUGCUGUUUUGGGGUGUGUGGCACUGUGAAUUGGUGUUCAUUGAAGAUAUUGCACAUUGAACAUGCGAAGUUGAACGAUGAUGGGCUGAUGAGAGUUUUGAGUGGCAGCCCUGUUCUAGAGUUCCUUGAGUUAAAAAGUUGUGUGGGCAUCAAGCACAUCAUGGUUGAAUCAAAAAUUUUUCGAGAGUUGGUGAUUGAUUCUCAUGAGUUUCGUGGUCAAGCUUCAAUGUUGAAAAUUUCAGCUCCUCAUCUUCUCAAAUUGCGCCUAUUGGGCAAUUCUCGAGGGGGAGAGUUUAGACUAGAUGAAGUAUCUUCCUUGAUUGAGGCUGAGUUAAAUUUCAACAUGAAAAUUUGUGCACUCGAUAAGGUUAAGGCUCAUGCCGAUCUUCUCAAGGGGCUUCUCAAGAGGCUGCAUCAUGUCACGAAAUUAGUGAUGGGGAGCUGGUGCAUUCAGGUUCUGUCACUAAUGGAGGCGAGAGACAUCUUUCUUCCAUCCUUAGAAUGUCGGCAUCUGAUAUUACUUGGCGCAGCAGGCCAUGAGGGAGUUCCCGAGGCUAUAGCAAAAAUACUCGAAAGUACGCGUCUCUUGGAGAAGUUAUACUUACAAACGACUUGCACCCCCAAUCCUAAGAUUGAGUUGAAUGCAGAGAGUACAGGCUGCCACAUCUUUGCUGGAGAAGAAUUUUGGAAUUUUGUAAAGUGGAGGAUCUAUCAGUGUUUGAUGCAUCUCAAGCAUGUUGAGAUUGUUGAUUGCGGUGCCAAUCCGCUGCCAUGGGAACCUGUUAUUUCCCUGCUCAAGUUUCUCCUCCAGAAUGCACUCUGGCUGGACAAAAUAGUGAUCAAUAGCCCCAAUUCCAAAUCGUCCCAAGCAUUUGAACCAUCGCCGCUGCUUGAAGUGGCCCGGAUUCUUCUGUCGCACCCAAAGUGUUCUCCAAGGGCCAAGGUCAUUUUUAGAUAUCCUUUCCAAGGAUGUCCGCCUGUGUAAAUCCUGAUUAUUUCGUCAACACUGGUGACUUCUUUUUCUCCGUUUUGUACCCUGGGACUUAGCUUAACAUGUACAGGAGAUGUGAUUGAAUACAACACCUGGGGCAGAUAUUUGAAAUAAAUUUCCCUUUCUGCAUGUUCAACUGGAAACUUUUGGCUCAGCUUAAUAUUGUUUCAUGAA